AUGGAGGAGGUCGACGAAACAGAAGCUGUGCCACAGGUGUACAUGGCAUGCCUCAUGCAUGGUCAUAGAGUUGGAAUUUCCUAUUAUGAUACUCUUACACGUGAACUCCAUGUGCUUGAACUUUGGGAAGACAGUACCUCAGAAUUUCCUCUAAUUGAUAUGGUCAAAUAUCAAGUUAAGCCCUUGAUCAUAUACACAAGUACUAAGAGUGAAGAAUCUCUCAUAUCUGCCUUACAACAAAAUGAUGGUGGAAGUGAGGUGCCUACUGUGAAGCUUAUGAAGAGUUCAAUCUUUUGCUAUGAACAAGCAUGGCACAGAUUAGUAUAUCUUCGAGUAACAGGGAUGGAUGAUGGAUUAAAUAUCAAAGAACGAAUCUGCUUUUUAAGUUCAAUGAUGGAUAUUGAGAGUGAAGUUCAAGUUCGUGUUAGUGGAGGACUUCUUGCCAUAUUGGAGAAUGAAAGAGUUGUGGAUACAAUUGAACAAAACGAGUGUGGGAGUAUAUCAAUUACAAUCGACUCUGUUAUGCAAAUCUCAUUAAACAAAUUCCUUAAAGUUGACUCAGCAGCACACGAGGCGUUGCAGAUAUUCCAAACAGACAAACAUCCAAGUCAUAUGGGUAUUGGUAGAGCAAAAGAAGGAUUCUCUGUCUUUGGCAUGAUGAAUAAGUGUGUGACACCUAUUGGUAAACGCCUUUUGAGGUCAUGGUUUCUUAGGCCCAUAUUAGAUCUUGACAACUUGAAUAGUCGUCUAAAUGCUAUAUCAUUCUUUGUUUCAUCUGAAGAAUUGUCAACUGCUUUACGUGAUACAUUGAAAUCUGUUAAGGAUGUUCCCCAUAUACUUAAGAAAUUCAACUCCCCGAGCUCCAUAUGUACAUGUGGCGAUUGGACUUCUUUUUUGAAGAGCCUUGCUGCACUACUGCAUAUCAACAAGAUAUUUGAACUCGGAAUUUCUGACAAUCUUCAGGAGCAUGCCAACUAUUCAAGUCUACAUAUUGUUGAGAAGGCUGCUUCAUGCAUCUCAAUGGACUUGGCUUAUGUAUAUGAACUGGUAAUUGGUGUUAUUGAUGUAAAUAGAAGUAAAGAGAAAGGCUAUGAGACAAGUGUAAAAGAUGGUUUCUGUGAAGAGUUAGAUGAACUGAGACAAAUAUAUGAAGAAUUGCCAGAGUUUUUAGAAGAGGUGUCUUCAUUGGAAUUAGCUCGCCUUCCUUACAUGUCUGGAGACAAAUUGAUUCCACAAAUCGUUUACAUAAAUCAAAUAGGAUACUUGAUGUGCAUUUUUGAAGAAAAGCUAGAUGAACAUGAUCUAGAGAAACUUCAAGACUAUGAAUUUGCUUUCUCUGAUGAAGAUGCUGAAGUUAGAAAGUUUUACUAUCGCAAUGCAAAGACACGAGAAUUGGAUAGCCUUUUAGGAGACAUAUAUCAUAAAAUCCUUGACAUGGAAAGAGCUAUCACAAGGGACUUAGUGUCGCACAUUCUGGAAUUCUCAAUACAUCUAAUCAAUGGAGUCAAAUUUGCAGCUGAACUUGACUGCCUUUUGUCAUUGGCAUUGGUUGCUCGUCAAAAUAAUUAUGUAAGACCAACAUUGACUUCUGAAACAGUGCUUGAUAUUCGAAACGGAAGACAUGUUUUGCAGGAGAUGACAGUUGACACAUUUAUCCCUAAUGACACAAAGAUCAUCGAUCAAGGGAAUAUUCAUAUCAUCACAGGACCAAAUUAUUCUGGAAAAAGCAUAUACAUAAAGCAGGUGGCAUUGAUAGUUUUUCUUGCCCACAUUGGAAGUUUUGUUCCUGCAGAUGCUGCUAAAGUCGGUUUAACCGAUAGAAUUUUCUGUGCUAUGGGAAGCAAGGUUAUGGCUGCUGAACAAUCCACAUUUAUGAUUGAUCUCCAUCAAGUUGGAAUGAUGCUCAGGCAUGCUACUUCUCGAUCAUUAUGUCUACUAGAUGAAUUUGGAAAGGGAACACUUACUGAAGAUGGUAUUGGUCUCCUUGGUGGAACUAUUGAUCAUUUUAUCUCAAUGUAUUCUCCUCCAAAGGUUCUAAUUUGCACUCACUUGACACAAAUAUUUACUGAUAGUGAUUUAUCUGAGUCAAACAAAGUCAAAUACUAUACAAUGAGCGUGCUAAGACCUGACAACAAUAGUGAAGACAUUGAGGAAAUUGUAUUUCUAUAUAGGCUGAUUCCUGGACAUGCACUUCUUAGCUAUGGACUUCACUGUGCCCUACUUGCUGGUGUUCCUCAAGAAGUUAUAAGGAGAGCGGCAUAUAUAUUGGAUGCUACCACCAAAGGCAUUCAUAUGGACAGAGUUUGCAAUGAAAAGAUAUCAGCUCAAGAUAAGCAAUAUAAGGAUGCUGUGGAGAAGCUGUUGGCAUUUGAUACUGCUAAUGGUGAUUUGGCUUCCUUCUUUCAAGAUGUUUUUCCUGGUCAACCUUAA